ACACUCUAUACCAUUCUAUAUCUUAAUUUUUUGCUUAGCCCUUAAUUUGAUUUUGUUCACUGUGAGAAACAUAUGAGAAAAAAAAUGAUUUCGUUAUAUUUUUACACCAAAUUCGUAUUUUUUGUAAUAUUAUCAUACCGUAUAUAAUAUUUUUUAAUAGUAAAAAAAUAAUCUACGCACCUGGCAACACUUUUACUUGUCAUUGUCAAAGCAAAAUGUCGGCGCCUCGCAGGUCGUCUAUGUUCCGCAAGCAUACUUUGCAUGGACGCACGGCAAAAAUAUUGGCGCUUGUGCCUAUACAGCAUGCUCCCUCAGAUACCAGUGAUAGGUCCGACAUGGACAAUGAAUUGGCAGAUCUGCAUACUCCAAGUUUAGCUUCAUCAUCAUCACCAUCUCUAGAUUCAUCUUUAGAGCGAAUGCAUAUUUUAAGCAGUUCUGAACCUGAUGCUGAAGAUCAUGACACUGGGGACGAUCCACCUGAAUUUGAUUUUACAGAAACAUCAUUGCAAUUGACUCCAGUUCUACGUCAAAUUUGCCCAGCUACGCCGACUAGAGAACCGAACUACGAGAACAUACCUUCCUUAUCUUCUAUACCAUCUCUUCCGUCUGAAGGCCCUUUAUCAACUCCUGAAAGUGCUACCAGGAAAACUCGAGCCCAAAGGCACAUUACUCCAGUGCUGGCUAAAAGACGAAAGAAAGUCCCGAAAUUUGUACUAACCUAUAAAUGGAAAAAAAAGUCACCUUCCGUCACCAAGCUACAAUUGAAGAAAACCAAGACCAUAAUAUAAUGAAUGCCUCUUUCCUGCCCACUGCAGAUUCCCUAGAAUAUUUUAAUUUUUUU